UCUUCUUUUGGGCCUAUAAAACCACCCAUCAACUCUCGAUUGCUAACAGAAAACGCAGUCUUUUCUGAUCUGACACACAGCAUUAGCAUCUCAGCCCCUUUACUAUUCCUAUUAUUUCGGGAAAUGGCUCCAACCAUAGCGUUGUCCUCUGCACAGACGAAAUCGCACCGCGGGACUCCGCCACCAGCGGCGGAGGCGGAGGAGUUGUUGAUGAAGAGGAAUGAGGAGUUAGAGAGAGAAUUGAGGAAGAGCGUUGAGAGAGAGGAGAGGACGAGGAGAGAGCUGGAGAGGACGUUGCAGAGGCUGAGGGUGGCGGAGGAUGCGGAGGAGCGGCUCUGCUCGCAGCUCGGCGAGCUUGAGGCGGAGUCCGUCGACCAGGCCCAGGCGUAUCGGGCUCGCUUUUUGUCAUUAAUGAGUCAGCUUUCCGCUGCGCAAAAGCUUCUUCAAACAGCUUCGAUUAAUUCUCCUCUCCCCAAUUAUUGAGAUAUAUAUAUAUAUAUAUAUAUACACACACACGCAAUCUUUCAUUUCAAUUAAAUUUUUUUUUUCCCCUUAUGCUAGCGAUUCUAUGUCAUCUGAAUAUGUUAGUCAAAAAUUUCGAUUAGACUAUUAGGUAUGAGAAUUAUUAUUAUCAUCAAUAUAAAUAUUUAUACAAGUUUUGAGUAAAAUUUGUUUA